CUGCGGCGACCUUCGUUACGACGUGAAUGCCACCCGCGAGCGACUUCAAGUUCAUCUCGCGUGCCAUCCAAUACCCCCAUCCAUAAGAUGGCCGCUGGGAAGUCUCAUAUGGACUUUAGUAGAUACUAAUAUAGCCAACCACACGACGACGAGCGGCCUAUCCUCACUUUACAUUCGUCUUGUUGCGACUGGCUCCCUUACUACCUCCGUUGCUAUUCUCUCACAUAAACUCGCUGGACGAUCUCGCCAAUCACCAUGCCUGCUCCGACUGGAACCAAGCGCGUUCGAGGUGUUCAAGUCUACCGCCCUUUCAUCUAUGGCACUGAAGCUGUCCCCUUUGAUCCCGAGAACCGUCCCAAAGAUGCCCCUGCGGAUCAUACGCACAGAUGGAAGGUCUUCGUUCGUGGAGUCAACGGCGAGGAUAUUUCGUACUGGCUCCGGAAAGUUCAGUUCAAACUUCACGAUACGUACGCUAACAGCGUGCGGAUGAUCGAAAGUCCACCCUUCGAAGUGGAAGAGACUGGAUGGGGUGAAUUCGAGAUUGCGAUUAAAUUCUAUUUCGUCCCAGAGAGCAUGGAAAAGCCCCAACAGAUUUGGCAUGGCCUUAAAUUGCACCCAUACCAUGGUGACAUUGAACAGCAAAAGAGGGACAGAAGUAUGAUUUCCAGUGUGUGCUACGAAGAGGUUCUCUUCAACGAGCCUGUCGAGGCGUUCUACGACAUCUUGACCGGCGGCACCCAAGGAACAAAAUCAAAGAGUGGCAAGGGAAGCAAAGGGACGAUCAAAGCUCCACCUACAGCGGAAAUUCCUCUAAAGAGUACCCCGGGGAACAAAUUCAGCAGAGAGGAGGAGAAUAAAGAGCUCGACCGCUUGACCGAGGCGGUGAAGACAGUGCAGAAGCUGAUCGCGGAGGAAAAGACCAAGUUGGUCGAGCAGGAAGCGAAGCUUCAAGAACUAGAAAAGACCGAAGGAAAACCUGUCAAGAAGAAGUGAACACGCCUUUCUACCCGCGCAUGGAGUUUGUACUCCGAGAUAUAUGCCAUGAGAAGCUGCCGGACAACUUAUAAUCGGGCCCUGGGAGCCUGGGAUCCCUUGACAAGUUCGACAAUCUUCUCCGCCGCGCCCCAGCUCAACUCAUAGCCACGUCCGCCGGCACCGUAUCCAUGGACGAUUGUCUUUCUGGGAGAUAUCACCUCGGUUUCGAUACGAUAACCGCCUUCGCGCCAUGGCCUUCUUCCAACAUUAUCCUUUACCACGUCGAAUUUAUCGACCGAGUCGACGAAAUCCGGAUAAUAGCGAACACUCUGCUGCAGCAACUUUUGUCGGGUUUCCGGUCUUGGACUUGUCUCCGGGUCAUCCAACUCUUUUGUUCCGCCCACGAUUGUCCCUCCGCCACAAGGACGAGGGAUAAGGAAAGCCCAAGUCCCAUCGCGGUUCUGCCGCGUCACCGUCUUAUCGUAUUGCUGCUUGACCAGCACGGUCUGACCACGGAUAUAUUUCACCUUGGGAUCCUGGUCGAAAUUGCGACCAGAACAAUUGACGAUCGUGUGGACUCUACCGAUGUUUUUCAGCUGGGCGAAUUCAAACACCUCCGCCGCGCUCGAUAGUCGGUGUUGCAGGAUUCUGCCUCCCCUGGAAACAAAGCGGUUCGCCAGCCAUUCGCAGUAUAUUUUCACAUUGACGCAGUAGGUCUGAUACUGGCAACCCCAUUUCGCGCCCUCGGGCAGUGCAGCCUGAUCGAGGAUGCGGAACUCGUCAUUCGGGAAUGCAUAUAUGUCCCCGGUCUUUAGGGCCAGCACCUCCUUCGGAGGAUCCUCGAGGUAUUCGACUCCCAGGAGAAGUUCGACGCCUGCCUCUGGGUUCUGCUUUGCGAUCUGUUGCAUCCUUUGCGCGGUCCUGUGUGCCAGCCUCGUUUCUUGUUGCAGCUGUGGCGUCGACCCUGGCACGGGGCGGUAGUGUGCUCCUGCCCACAUUGAAGCAUAGUCGGCCGAAGGCGAUGAUGUGCUUGGAGUUUCGGAGGCGAUGAUGACAAUGGGCGUCUCGGGAUAGUCGGCCUGCAAGAGUGUCGCGACGGAGAGGCCUGUAACGCCCGCUCCGAUGAUAAUGAUAGGGUCUUUUGAGGAUGACAUUUUUGCCCUGACCUGCCCUGCCUUUCGGAGAGUCGAUGUGAAUGGAUCUAGUAUAUAGAGAGAUAGAGAGGUUUAUAGAAAAAACACCUUUCUCUUCAGUGCCAA